AUGGCUCCUGUGUUGUUGAUAGCCAGGCCUCAGGAAUCAGUGACAUUUAAGGAUGUGGCUGUGAACUUCACCCAAGAGGAGUGGCAGCAACUGAACCCUGCUCAGAGGGACCUGUAUAGAGAUGUAAUGUUGGAGAACUAUAGAAACCUCAUCUCCCUGGGGCUUCCCAUUUCUAAACCUGAUGUGAUCUUUCAGUUGGAGCAAGGAGAAGAGCCAUGGAUGUUUGACUUACAAACAAUUGAAGAGGGAGAGGUCUCAAGAAAUACCUAUUUGGACAGGGAGAGUAAACCUGAGACCCAGGGAUCAACUCCAGAGCAGAGCAUUUCUGAAGAAGAAUCAUCAGGAAUAUUAAUGGAAAGAUUUGCAAGAGAAGUCAAUGUACCUGAGGUUAGAUUGGAGAAGAAAAGAGAAAACUCUGAAGGGAAAACAAGGAGAAAAUCUGUUUCCCAUAAGAGAAAUCUCAAGAAAGUGUCAAUAAAUGACCAAAAAAAUCCCAGUAAGGAGAGAGGCCCUGAUUGUAAUAUAUGUGGGAAAACCUUCAGACACAGAAGUAGCCUUCGGAGACAUCAGAUUACUCACACAGGAGAAAGACCCUAUGAAUGUAAUGAAUGUGGGAAAGCUUUCUUUGAUUGUUCAUCUCUUACUAUACAUGAAAGAAUUCAUACUGGAGAAAAGCCCUAUGAAUGUGAUGAAUGUGGGAAAGCCUUCUUUAACUGCUCAAAUCUUACCAGACAUCAGAGAAUUCAUACUGGAGAAAGUCCCUACAAAUGUAAUGAAUGUGAUAAAGCCUUCAGACAUAGUAGUAGCCUUAGAAGACAUCAAAUGACUCACACAGGACAAAGACCCUAUGAAUGUAAUGAGUGUGGGAAAGCCUUCUUUGAUCGUUCAACUCUUAUCAUACAUGAGAGAAUUCAUACUGGGGAAAAGCCCUAUGAAUGUGAUGAAUGUGGGAAAGCCUUCUUUGACAGAUCAUCCCUUACUCAACAUCAGAAAAUCCAUAGUAAAGAGAAGCUCUAUGAAUGCAGUGAAUGUGGGAGAGCGUUCAACUUGCGAAGGCACCUUAACCGACAUCAAAUAACUCAUACUGGAGAAAAACCUUAUGAAUGUAGUGUAUGUGGGAAAGUUUUCAGUCGCAAGUCAUCUGUUAUCCAGCAUCAGCAACGUUAUGCCAAAGAAUAA